UUUUUACUUAUUUAACUGCAUUUUUUAUUUCUCAACUGUCAUUUUAAAGGUAUCUCUUUAUUUGAUAUUGUAUUCAUGUCAGUGUCUCAUACAUUGGCAGUGGUCAUUGCACAGGGUGCCAUGUUUGGUAAGUGAAGCCACCCUGAUGGAAGGAAAGGGUCCGUUCCGGAUCUAUGACCCGGGUGGGAGCGAGGCGCUGGCUAAGGAAGAGGCGGGCAGCGCCACCUACAGGCAGUUGGUGGAGGAGAACAGCGUGCUGAGAGAGAGGAUGAAGGGGCUGAAGAGCUUAGGAGACCUGCUGGAGGAGUCCCAGCUGGAGGCCUCCAAACUGCGGCAGAGAGUGGAGGAGCUGGUGAGGGACAACGAGACGCUGAGAUCCUCCACCGCCUCCUCUUCCCCCAGCCUGUGCGCGGGUCUGCCCGUCCAGGCGGAUGUCCAGGCCCAGGCUAAACCUCCUGGACUGUCCAGCGCAAACCUGACGGAGUCUCAAGAAUGUGUGGAAGGGAGAGCGCUCCAGCCUGAGUCCAGUGAGGGCUCUUCAGAGUUUGAGGUGGUGAACAUGGAUGACAAGUCUGGAGACUCGAAGUUGGGUGGGAUGCUGCAGCUGCCCCAGGAGACAUUGGAGCUGGCCAGCCAACUGCAGAGGCUAGAGAGCUCCUUCAGCCUCUUCUCCGAGGAGUCCAACCCCAACCAGCUGCUGGCGCACCUGGGCCGCAUGGCCGUGGAGUUCAACCGCCUCUCCUCCAAAGUGCAGAAGAAUGAGCAGCGUACCUCCCUCCUGCAGACACUUUGUGAACAGCUUCGACAGGAGAACAAUGAGCUGCGUAAGAAGAUGGAAGAGGACCUCCAACUAAGAAAUCAGGACUUGGAGCUGCUCAGGCAGGAGAACCUAAAGUUAAAGAGGCUGGUCACUGGCACUGAUGAGCCCACAGCAGGAAGCCCGCAGCAGGAAGUCAAGGAGGAGGUUGUGAAACUGGAACCCACAGGAGCCAAGAUGGAGGCGGCCGUGGCUCAGCAGUGUUGUUUCCCAUUCAUCCAGAGCUGCAAAACGGCAGAGAAAACCGUACUGAAGGCGUGCGACCCAGAAGUGUAUGAGAAGAAGAUUAAGCUGCUGGAGAAACAGAGGAAGGAUGUCCUGGAGGUGAACAAACAAUGGGACAUACAGUGGAACUCCAUGAAGCUGCAGUUUGAACAGAAGAUCACAGACCUCAGGCAGCGUCUGGCCGACUCCCAGAAGGCUGUGGGGGAGCUGGAGGCGGAGAGAGAGCAGAGACAGCGGGACUAUGACAAGAAGCUCCUGCUGGCCAAGUCCAAAAUCGAGAACCUGCAGGGGGAGAAGGAGCUGCUGACCGCAGAGACGUGUGAGCUGAAGCAGAAGAUGCGCUACCUUCAGGACCAGCUGCUUCCGCUCAGCAAGCAGAGGGAGUACCAGGAGAAGGAGAUCCAGCGGCUCAAUCGGGCGCUGGAAGAAGCUCUGAACCUGCACUCCCCCACGAAUGCUCAGCAGUCUCAGUUUGGUAACCAUGGGGAAGGUUCUGGGGGUGCCCGGCGCCAGGAGUUGCUGACCCAGAUCGCUGUGUUGAAGGAGCAGGUGAAGAUCUUCGAGGAGGACUUUCAGAAGGAGAGGAGCGACAGGGAGCGGAUGAACGAGGAGAAGGAGGACCUAAGGCGGCAGGUGGACAGGCUCCAGAGUCAGAUGACCAAUCUGACCACUCAGCUGCAUCAGACACAGAGCGAGUGUCAGAGAGAGCGUACAGAGAGGUGUAAGCUGGAGAGACUGCACAUGCACCUCAAACAGGGCCAACAUGAGCGACGUACCUCUGACCCCACAUCCAGCUCUAAUAACGGCCCGCUGAGCCCCCCGUACUGUGGCCCCUUUGUGCCCCCCGCCCCGCAGGCCCCCCAGGGCUUCGAGGCGUGGCCCGUCCACUUUCCACCCCGGAUGCCCAACCUCGGCGCUACCCACGGGCGGGACUUCCAGCCCCUCCAGCCAGGCUUCCCCUGGCAGUCUUCCUUCCCCCAGCCCCGUGGCAUGAGAGGUCCUGGGGAGGCAGCGAGACCCCCCCCAGAGAACACAGACCCUUCUGCUGCUGGGUUCGGGAAGAGGGAUCGACAAAAUGAUCCCGGGAAGCACUAAUACCACUGUGCUGUGCCACGGGGCAACGUCAGGCACUUAAGGUUCGGGUUGGCA